AUGAUGCUAACCUGGGCUCUUGCAGCUAUUGGACUCGCGCAAGCCGCGGCGAUGAGCAAGCUCGCCGUGGUGCGCGUAUUCUCCACUGAUGAGGAGGUAAUGCUGUUGUCGGAAAGCGCAACCCAUUGGGACACCGUCAUGCCAUGCAUGAACAUGUCGAACAACAGCAUGAUUGACCUCAUUCUUGUCUACAGCAAAGACCUGUCUCAGAACUCCAUGGCCAAUGAUGUCGUGAUGAUGCUCCAGGCCAAGAACGAGACCACGCACCCUUGGAUGAAGUGCUUCUCGAGCGUCAAGAGCAUGUCUGCCAUGCUCAACCCUGACGAGGAUGUGUACGACAGCAACGGCUACACCACGAACAAGCACUGGGUCCGUGGUCCCAACACGGUCUUCAAGAGUAUCAUGGAUGCCAUGUACACCGGUACUUACAUGGACAUGUACGAUGCCUUCUUCCUGAUGGAGAUGGACGCUGUCCCGCUCAAGGACGACUGGCUGAUGCAGUUUGAGAUGGAGGCCAUGGACAUGUCGGCCAACAGCAUUGCUGUGCGCGGCAGCCAGUACCUGGGUGACAAGUGGGAUCUCUUCAAGCACCAGAUGCCGUCUUACUUGGUGGAGCACAUCAACGGCAAUGCCAUCUACAACCUGAAGCACGCAUGGACCAAGUAUCUCUUCGACACCUUCUCGGCCGACAGUGUCAUGAUGGAGACGAGUGCCUUCGACGUGGGAUUUGCCAUGAUCACCAUGGCAGCGAUGGAUGGCGAUGCCACUUAUGCCUCUGGCUGGUCGACCGCUGCGGGCAACAACAUGACCUACAACGCCAUGACUAGCCUGGUGGGCAACUACGCCAACACCCUGCUGAACAAGAGCUUCGCCACGGAGAUGACGGAGACCAUCAUGGGCCCGGAUGGCAACAUCACCAUGGACACUAAGUUGGCCGCCGAUCCGGCCUACUACCACCUCUGCGAGGUUGCCAAGCAGGUCACAACAACCUGGUUCGCCCUCACGGACAACUACCACAUUGUCAAGGCUCCGGUGAGCGUUCUGAUGGAUGGGAUGAAGCCAGUCCUCCCCUACGUGCUGAAGGACUCUAAGUACUGUGGUGAGCGCCCCAACUGCAAGGCCUCUUUGGAGCAGGCGGAGGAUCUGUUCAGCAUCAACCUGAACUACCACCACGACAAGUAUGAGGUGCUCUACAAGACCGCGGAUGCCGUCGAGUUCUGCAAGGCUUGGGACACUGCUACCAGCGGCAAGAGCUGGGGCGACUGCUCUCUUACCUUCGGCCCAACUGGGGAUGACUACAUUGCCUGGAAGAUCAGCUCCCCCACGUCCAACAUCACAGACGAGUUCAUCCCCAAGGAUAAGACCCGCUACGGCUGGAGAGCCUGGACCAGCUUGUGGCAGCCGGCCCCCGUGGAGUCGCGCACUUGCGACACCGUGCUGUACGGCGUCAAGGAGUACCUCGAGACUCUCGACAACAUCUCCGAAUGCGCUGUGAACUACGUGGAGGAUGCUGCCGGCUGCAUGGGAGACAGCACCUGCAUGUGGAGGCCCAUGUUUGAGUCCGGUGUGUGCACGCUGGACUACAAGAGUGCCAUUCCGCAGACGACGGUAGAGGGAGCCAUUUACAGCGUCGUCGAAGUCACGAUGCCGAUCGUCGUGGAUGAUCCCACCACGAUUACCGAUAAUGCAACCAUUACCACCGCCAUGCGGUCUGGCUUCGCCAUCCUCAUGGGUGUAGACCUGGACAAAGUUUUGCUCAAGUUCGAGCUGCAAGACAGGCGCCUCGCUGGCGAGAGGAGGCUUUCGCAAACCUUGCUGGCAAUCUACGAAAUCAUCCUCGAGACUGUGGAAGCUGCCGAAGAGCUCCGCGUGACUGUGGAGGCAACGCCGAUCGCCGAGACCCAGCGUGCCAUCAAGAACACCGUUGCGGCUGCUGGCUUCUCCGGCAACUUCGAGGUGAAGGAGGUUAAGACCAUGCUUGUUCCCGCUCCCUCCACGACCACCACCACCACGACCGAAGAAGAUGACGACGAUGAGACCACCACGACUGAGGAUGACCACGACAACCAUACUCACGAUGAUGAGACCACCACCGAUCCGGAUGGCGAUGAGGAGCCUCCCAGCUCGGCCAUUGCGGGCACUGCCUCCGCGGCGGUGCUGGGUCUUGCUGCAAUGCUCCUGGCCUGA